UAUGGUGACAUGGUACCAAAAACCAUAGCAGGGAAGAUUUUCGGAUCCAUCUGUUCACUGAGCGGGGUCUUGGUCAUUGCUCUGCCUGUCCCAGUGAUUGUAUCCAAUUUCAGUCGAAUCUACCACCAAAAUCAACGAGCAGACAAACGGAGAGCACAAAAGAAAGCCAGACUGGCCAGGAUCCGGGCAGCCAAAAGCGGAAGUGCAAACGCUUAUAUGCAGAGCAAACGGAAUGGCUUACUCAGUAACCAACUGCAGUCCUCUGAGGAUGAGCAAGCCUUUGUUAGCAAAUCCGGCUCCAGCUUUGAAACCCAGCACCACCACCUGCUUCACUGCCUGGAAAAAACCACGAAUCACGAGUUUGUGGAUGAACAAGUCUUUGAAGAAAGCUGCAUGGAAGUUGCAACAGUUAAUCGUCCUUCAAGUCACAGUCCCUCUGUCUCUUCACAACAAGGCAUCACCAGCACUUGCUGUUCAAGACGACACAAAAAAACUUUCCGCAUUCCAAAUGCCAACAUAUCAGGAAGCCACCGAGGCAGUGUGCAAGAACUCAGCACGAUUCAGAUUAGAUGUGUGGAGAGAACCCCUCUAUCUAACAGCCGAUCCAGUUUAAAUGCCAAAAUGGAAGAGUGUGUUAAACUAAACUGUGAACAACCUUAUGUGACUACAGCAAUAAUAAGCAUCCCAACACCUCCAGUAACCACCCCCGAAGGAGAUGACAGGCCGGAGUCUCCUGAGUACUCAGGAGGCAACAUUGUCAGAGUGUCUGCUCUGUAAGACAAUUGGAAUCAGGUCCAAGAGAAUUUGAGCCCUGGCUGUGGAAAGAAUCCCAAUGUGGAAGAAAGAAGAAACAAUAAAUGUUUCGCAGAUGAAAACGACAAAGCAAGGAGGUUGGUAGUGAAACAAAGACAAAGUUUCCAAACUUAAAGAUGGAAAUAAAACCACCAAAUGGCAUUUCUAGAUGGAGUCUAACCUGUCAAACUGAGAAAUAGUCUGUGGCCCUUUGACUUUGUGAAUGAGCACAAUGAAAUGCCGCCUAUUGAUGCUUCUUAUGACCAGAACUCUUUUUUAAUAAAAUAUAUAAAAUAAAUCUUUGAACAUAAUGUUCCAGUUGAAUGCAAAACAAAAAAAUACGGAAAACAUUUUGAUAAAAAUUUUUCCUGUUAAAACCAUGAACAUUGGCUAUGAUGAAGAUUAUUAUUACACAUUAAAAAAAAAACCUCAUAUAACACGUUUGUAUUGACUGAAGGAAACCAUCAUAAUGCAUGCUAGAAUUCUUUGGAGUCGUGAUCUCAGUUUCCUUACGUUGUCUUCAGAAUCGGCAUGAUAAACUAUAAUUGUAGAAAGAGGGAAUUUCUGUGUACUUACAACAAGCUGAUUGUUCAUGUUCCAUGGUGGGCUGUGCAAAUAAACUCCUUUUAGAACUGCAGUAUUUCUCAUGGGGAUGCUCACUAGUAAAUCUAAAGUGUUCAGAUAGUUCAGUAUUAAUUAUUGUUUUACCUUGCACCUAGAUACUGUUACAACUGCAAUAAUUCAUUGUACACCUGUUGUAUCAGGAAUCAGGAUUUUCUGUUGUUGUAUUUCCAGAUCUUCUUAGAUACAAUAAGAGCCACAUUCCAUAGAAAAACUUCUCAUGUCGCCAGGUUUUAGAUAACUUUUUAAUCCAAAACCCUUGUGCCGUAAAUGUUUUUCUGUAAUAUUCUUUGGUCCACUGUAUUCCUGUGACAGUGCAUUAUUUGUUCCUGUAUUUCUAUAGCACCUUUCUAUUGGAUUUAUCAUCAUCAGCUGGACUAAUGUUUUGUAGUUCAAAGGACUUUCCUACUUUUGUAUUCUCCAACAAGUUAUCUUAUAAGUAGAUUAUCAUCAUCGUCAAUCCCCUUGUCAAAAAUCAGGAAAAAAAAGGAGUUGACAUCUAUGAAUUAUCUCUAACCUUUUUGCUGUUAUGGAAAAGCCCAGAUACUGGAUAUAUCAUUGUAUGUUUCAUGAAAAGAAUUGGCUGGGAUUAGCAUCACAGGAUCAGUGAUCCCAGAAUCUCACUUGAUGUAUUAUUUAUUUUGCUUUAGAUCUCGAAUACAUUUUGAGAAUAACUAGCGUGAAUUGAAAUGCAGAGAUAAACUGGAGUGCUUUAUGCAGCAAUAUUUGUUGAAAGCAUGCUUUCUACGCCACUGGGGAAGGCAGCACAGAUUUGUCUCAGAAAGGUUCCUGCAUAUUGCAAGGAGCAAUUUUCUCCUCUAAAUCAGGAGGACAGGAGUUUGAUGAUGCAAAAUUGAGCUCUAUGUACAUUUAACUGAAAAGUCUUGAUAUCUUUUCACCUUUAAAAUAUAUCAGCAGACAUGUCUGCACGUGGCAGUGUAAAAAAGUUUUAUGUCCAGUGAAAAGUUUUGUUCAUUCCAAACCACCACUGUAAGGAAUAAGUUUAGCUUCAAUACGUGGAAAGAGUUAAUAAUUAUCCCUCUACUAUAGAGAUUUUAAAAUGCUUAUCAUAAUUUAUCAUAAAAAGGAAAUAAUCCAACCAUUUUCAAGUAAAGCCAGAAAUUCUUGCUUCCCCUUUCUAGACUAGCUUCCAGUGCAAUGCUGUGCACACAGUAGAUUUAUAAACACUUUGCUGAGUGAAAGUCAGAUAAACUCUACUGUCUCACGGGAAGAACUGGCUUUAUUCCUAGUAAGUCUUUUUAAAAGUUACUAAUCUUCCUGAAGCGUGAAUAUUAAUAAUUAUAUUAACACCUGCCUCAUGUCACUUUAUGCUUCUAGAGCAAAUAUAUAGUGAAACUUCUUUGAUGGCAUUUGCUGAAAAACUUUUUAAAAAGUAGGCUAAAGAAAACUCGAUCAGGAAUACUUAGGUCUUCUGAUUCCCAACGAAAAGUUCUAUUUUCAUGUUCUUAAUAUUACAUUUAAAAAUGCAGUUAGAUUAUUUCGUUGCAAUUCUGCCUCCUUUUCAACUUAUAUCAUUUAUCCAAAACUAUUAAUUUCUUUAGACUUUCAGAAAAGAGAAAAAUUUUUUGGUGUUUUAGGUGAUUUAAAAAUAUACUGUGUUGGUGGUGAAUGACUAUUGAUGACUGUGUUAAGUGCAUCUGUAUUGUAAGUGAAAUGUAAUUAUUUCUGUGUGCCAUAUGGAGUAACCAAGGUCAUUGUUUUUGACAAUUUUGUUUGAAAUUCGUAUAUCUUAUUUCAAAGGAUAGCAUAAUAUCUGCAUUAUGCUGGAAAAAAAUAGACCUUUGGAAAAUACUUAAAUAAAACAUGUGCAUGCUUGAACAGGAC